UUAGUUUUUUUUUUGAAUAUUUUUAUAGAGAAAAACUAAAAUAGAAAUAGUUAUAUAUUCUUUUUUCAAGAAAAAUGGCGAAUGAAGCACCAGCAAUGUUUCUUUCUAUAGUAAACUCGUUAAAAGAUCCCUUAGAAAAAACUUCGUUUUUUAAUUGGCUUAGUGAAUAUUUGACUAAUCAAAACGAAAUAAGUUGUAAUCAUAAAAAGAUAGCAAAAAGUGGUGAAGUACUUCUUUCUUGUAUUAAAAGCGCUAUCAAGGAAAAGGUUCCUUUUGAUGCCAUAAUGGAUAGUGAAAAAAUUUGUUUUCCAACAGUUGGAGAGGAUUCUCAUCUCCAUUCCAAAAACAGUAUACACGUUGAUGCAUUUUUGUACGACGAUGAUGAUGUCGAAGAUUUGGUUGAAGAAGGAAAACUUACCAGGUAUUUUUGCAAAUCGUGUGGAUCAGCUGAUGUUGACAAAAUUACUUUCAUUACUCAUUCGACAUCUAAGGAACGCCUUCAAUACAUUUUUCUGGAUGCACUUCCUUCAUUAAAAGGAAAAACUAUAGUCGACAUAGGAUCACGAUUGGGAUCAGUUCUAUACGGCGCUUACGUUUAUUCAGAAGCUGAAAGUAUUAUUGGCAUUGAAAUGAAUUCGGAGUUGUGUAAGUUGCAGAAUGAAAUUAUUACAAGAUUCAAACUUACUAAUCGAAUCAAAAUUGUAGAAGGUAAUAUGAUUGAUAAGAGUGAUAUCAUAAAAUCCGCUCAUGUUGUUGUUUUAAAUAAUGUCUUUGAAUGGUUUGUUUCUGUAGAAGAACAAAAUGAGUUGUGGCGAUUUUUGCAUAAAACAUUACCCAAGGAUUGUAUAAUUGUAGCCACACCUGAAAUAGACAAAUCGUUAGAUUUACUUAGCACUGGUAUAGUUCUUGAUCUUUGGUUAAAAGAAAUAUUUGUUCCUAAAAGUGAUCUCGAGUUUGUUGAACUGAGUUGUAUUAAAUUUUACUCAGUAUUAUAAUUAUACUUUUUUUUAUCAAAUUGAUUAACGUAAGAAAAUAAGCUAGUACACCGUUGUUGUUA